AUGUCCGCAGUUAACCGCACCCUCCGUGUGGCCGGCCGGUCUCUUCGCAUCCAACAGCAGCGAAGCAGCUUGUCGACUUUGGCCUCGUUGAACAGCGCCUCCGCACUUCGGCCAAGCUCCACCCCUCGAGGAGCUAUAUCUGCAUUUUCAUGCUCUGUCCGCACCUCCUCCUUCUCAACCUCUACAGCUCGCCAAUCCUCAGCACCCAACAUGUCUUCCGCAGAAGCCCGAGAGUACGAUCCCGAGAUUUCGGACAUCGCCAGCUAUGUCCAUGACACCCCCAUCGACUCUGAAUUAGCCUUCGACACGGCACGAUGGGUUUUCCUCGACACCAUCGGCUGCGGUCUUGAGGGUCUCCGCUUCAAGGAGUGCACCAAGCUGCUGGGCCCUAUCGUCGAGGGCACUACGGUUCCCAAUGGCACCAAGGUCCCCGGCACCCCUUACCAGCUGGACCCGGUCAACGGCGCCUUCAACAUCGGCGCCAUGAUCCGCUGGCUGGACUACAACGACUGCUGGCUGGCUGCUGAAUGGGGCCACCCUUCGGACAACCUGGGCGCCAUCCUUGCCGUCGCCGACUGGAUCACUCGUACCAACAAGGCUGCCGCCGCCCCCGGCUCCAACGUCAAACCCAUUGCCGGCGGCAAGCAGUUUACCGUCCGUGAUGUCCUCGAGGCUAUGAUCAAGGCGCACGAGAUCCAGGGAUGCUUGGCUCUCCUGAACUCGUACAACAAGGUUGGCCUUGACCACGUCGUCCUUGUCAAGGUUGCCAGCACCGCAGUCGUCUCUAAGAUGCUCGGACUCUCGGCUAAGCAGACGGCCGAUGCCGUUACUCAGGCCUGGGUUGACGGUCAAAGUCUGCGCACCUACAGGCACACCCCCAACACCAUGUCGCGCAAGUCUUGGGCUGCCGGUGAUGCUUGCCAGCGUGCCGUCAACUUGGCCCUGAAGGUCCUCAAGGGCGAGGCUGGUAUUCCCACCGUUCUCUCGGCUCCUGUCUGGGGUUUCUACGACGUGCUCUUCAAGGGCAAGAAGUUUGAGUUCCAGAGGCCCUAUGGCAGCUACGUCAUGGAGAAUGUCCUGUUCAAGGUCUCCUACCCUGCCGAGUUCCACUCUCAAACCGCCGUUGAGGCCUCGCAAAAGAUCCACAACCAGCUCAAGGCCAUGGGCAAGUCUGCAGCCGACAUCAAGGAGAUCACCUGCCGCACACACGAGGCCUGUGUCCGCAUCAUCGACAAGCAGUUCAAGCCCAUGGACAACUUUGCCGACCGCGACCACUGCAUCCAGUACAUGUGCUCCGUCAUGCUCGUGUUUGGCCGCCUGACGGCUGGUGACUACGUUGACGGCUCCGAGGCCGCUACCAGCCCGCUCGUCGAGUCCCUCCGCAAGAAGAUUAGGUGCGUUGAGGACAAGCAGUUCACGGCCGACUACCAUGACCCCAAGCUCCGCACCAUCUCGAACGGCCUGACUGUUGAACUCAACGACGGCACCUUCCUGGACGAGGUUGUUAUUGAGGCGCCGCUGGGCCACCGCCUCCGUCGUGAGGAGGCCAAGCCCGAGAUUUUGGCCAAGUUCAAGCGCCAUCUGGAGGCUCACUACCCCGCCGCCAAGGUGCAGGAGCUUAUCGACCUGGGCAUGGAUGCCAAGAGGCUCGAGGCCACUUCGAUUGACGAGUACGUCGAUAUGUAUGUGGUCAAGGACAGCAAGUUUGUCCAGUGA